UGAAUACACAGAAGGAUUUAAUCAUUACGUCUACUUUCAUUUUAGUUUCCAUGUAUUUGACUUGUGAUUUGUUCUUAAGGACAUAUAUUAUUCAGUGAAGCAAUUCUCUAAAAUUGGCUAACUAAACACAAUGGCAUCGGCAUCAGGAACCAGAAAAGAAUUUAUCUUGAGAUGGAAAAAUGGUACCCUUGUUUUCAAGAUUUACAGUGGAUCGAUCAUAAAACCCGAUAGCAAUGUUGACGCUAUCGUCAGCAUCUGGGAUAGAAGCAAAACUGGCGGUUUUUCAGAGGCAAUAAUAAGGGAAGCAGGUAAUGAAGUUGCUGAAGAGAUCAAAGCUAAAAGACCGAUAAAAAAUAAUCAGAAUUUGGUCACAAAGGCAGGAAGACUUUCCUGUAAAUAUAUAAUUCAUUGUGCGUGUCCACGUUGGGAAAAUUAUGACAGCGGAAGCAAGACACAGUGUCUUAGGGAUCUGUAUGAAACUGUAUCGAGAGCUCUGAUAACAGCAUGUGAAAGAGGUGUAAAAUCUAUUGCUUUGCCCCCUAUAGGCUCUGGUAAAAUUUAUGGCAUUCCAAAUAUCGCAGCUGCAGCAAUGUAUGUAAAAUCUGUAAUGGAAUAUCAAAAUUUUCUAGAAAAGACGAAAAAUUCAAUCAAAGAAAUUCAUUUUAUUGAUAAAAACAAUGAUAAAAACAAUAAUUCGAGGACAAAAUUAACGAAAUAUUUCCUUCACAUGUUACCUUCCGGACAAUGGAGAGGGGCGUCUUAUUCUGGGAAUGCGUAA